UAUGUUUUCCAUGGCUCUUCUAGUUCUCUACUUGCCAUAUAUUUUCUCCUCUCUUCUCUUAAUCCUUAUAGUACAAAAGAUACGAAAGAAAAAAAGUUACUCGACUUAUAACAUACCGCCAGGGCCUAGAAAGUUACCUAUUAUAGGAAAUAUACACAAUCUGUUAAGCUCUCAACCCAAUCGAAGAUUAAGAGACUUGGCCAAAAAAUAUGGACCAGUGAUGCAUCUUCAACUUGGAGAGGUUUCUACUAUUGUCAUUACAUCUCCGGAGUGUGCUAAGGAGGUGAUGAAAACCAAUGAUAUUAACUUUGGUUCAAGGCCUCACCUCUUAUCUUCAGAAAUAAUGACUUAUAAUGGCACAAAUAUAGCCUGGUCUCCUUAUGGCAACUACUGGAAACAGCUACGAAAAAUCUGCACAUUAGAGCUUUUAAGCCUUAAAAGAGUCAACUCACACCAACCGAUUAGAGAAGAGGUGCUCUCCAAUCUUGUCAGAUGGAUUGUUUCACAGAAUGGAUCGCCAAUCAACCUCACUCAAGCUGUAACUUCUUCAGUAUACACUAUUGUUUCGAGGUCCGCCUUUGGAAAUAAAUGCAAAGACCAAGAAAAAUUUAUAUCAGUUAUAAAACAAUCGAUAAAAGUUUCAGCAGGUUUUAAUUUGGGAGAUUUGUUUCCUUCUACUAAAUGGAUUGAACAUGUUACUGGAUUGAGGCCUAAGCUUGAGAGUUUUCAACGACAAACUGAUCAGAUAUUUGAAAACAUCAUCAAGGACCAUAAAGAGGCAAAGCACACAAAACCGAAAGAAGAUGAAGGUGAAGUAGAAGAAGAUCUCGUAGACGUUCUCUUAAAAUAUGAGGAUGGUAGCAACCUGGAUUUUUCCUUAACAAAAGACAAUAUCAAGGCCAUAAUAAUGGACAUGUUUGGUGCUGGAGGUGAGACAUCAGCAAGCACCAUAGAUUGGGCAAUGGUAGAAAUGGUAAGGGAUCCAAGAAUAAUGAAGAAAGCACAAGAUGAAGUGAGAGAAGUUUUCAAAAUGAAAGGAAGGGUUGAUGAAAAUUGCAUCAAUGAACUCAAUUAUUUGAAAUCAGUUGUCAAAGAAACCUUAAGGCUACACCCUCCAGCACCUCUUUUGUUACCGAGAGAAUGUAGUCAAGCAUGUGAUAUAAAUGGUUACCACAUUCCGAUUAAGACUAAGGUGAUAAUCAAUGCUUGGGCAAUUGCAAGAGAUCCAAACUACUGGACUGAACCAGAGAUGUUUUAUCCAGAGAGAUUCAUCGAUAGCGAUAUUGACUUUAAAGGGAGUAAUUUUGAGUACAUUCCAUUUGGUGCCGGAAGAAGAAUAUGCCCAGGGAGCACAUUUGGUUUGAGAAAUAUUGAGACGACCCUUGCGAUGUUGUUGUAUCAUUUUGACUGGAAGCUUCCAAGUGGGAUCAAAAGUGAAGAAUUGGACAUGACUGAGGAAUUCGGAGUCACAAUGAAAAGAAAAAACGAUCUUUUAGUGUUACCUUUAUCUUAUCAUCCUUUCCCCGUCAUACGAGCUUAGCUAGAAGAUACCUGCUCACAGCAGAAAGAAAAAUUGUGUAAAACGAACUUCAAUGUUUAAGCCAUGACGCAUCUUUGGACAUAAUCCGUCGAAGUAUGAACCUGAAACUAUAUGAUCAACAACUCUCUUGUAAGAUAAUUUAAUGACAAAAAGACAAAUCUCAACUUGCUCAAAAAGUUUGAACUAAUGAUUUGUUGCCAUCAGUCCAUAAGUUGGUCCUCUAACUAUAAAUAUCGGAUUCAAACACCGAAAUCCUGUGUGUUGACUUUAAGAUCAACAUAGUAUGUCUGGUAAAUUUCUAUAUAGCAUUGUCGUAAUUGAGUCAAGAUGUGAUCCAAGCAUUCUGACCGUUAAACUAUAAUUU